AUGCCUUCCGAGAGCGGUCACAGACUAUACGUCAAGGGACGUCACUUGAGCUACCAGCGCUCCCGCCACGUCACCAGACCUGGCACCAGCUUGAUCAAGAUCGAGGGCGUCGAUGACACCUCUGCUGCCAACUUCUACCUCGGCAAGAAGGUCGCCUACGUCUACCGCGGCCAGAAGGAGAUUCGUGGAUCCAAGAUCCGCGUUAUCUGGGGCAAGGUCACCCGGCCACACGGCAACUCCGGCGUCGUCCGCGCCAAGUUCUCUUCUCCCCUUCCCACUAAGUCUUUCGGUGCAUCGGUUCGUGUGAUGCUGUACCCCUCUUCGAUAUAA